CAUUAUUUGAGAUUUCGCCUUACACGUCGUUUGUGGAUUGUGGUGGUAGUAAACAAAUUUUCGAAAUCGGUUUAAUGUGAGAUAUAGAAAAGAAUGACAGUAGCCCAAGUUAGAAUAAAUGGAAAAGGACACCAUCUGUGUUUAUCUCGAGCUCUCCAGGCGUCUUUAGAAGAAGAAAUUUACGCUGAUGUCCGAAUUGUGGUGUUUGAAUCGGCCUUUCUUAACGAUGGUAAUCAUCCUCUACGUGCCAAUAGUGCCGUGCUUGCAGCCGCCAGCCCUAUUUUAGCCAAUAUUUUAAAAGAAAGAACAGAAGAUGAUGAAGUAGUCUUAAUAUUGGAUGGUUACCAACACAAUGACAUUUCAAAUUUGUUGCAAUACAUCUACACAGGGCAAGCUCAUAUCAAUCGCCAAGAGGAGCAGUCUUUCAGAGAUUUGCUGAAACAGUUGCAUGUUGGUAGUUUUGCCAAGCCUUUACCAAACAAGAAUAUUUCAACAUGCUCAAUGACGAGUAAAGUAGAGCUUACUCAGACAAGACCUAAGCAAAUGACUGUUGAAAUACCUCUGAAUCAAAACAAAACAGUAAUUUCUGACAAUAAAAAAAGAGAAAAAUAUCCUGCAAAAUAUUUCAAAAAGCUACCAGUUUAUCCAACUAGACCUUUGCAACUUCCCAAAAGAGAAAUUACUCUUCAAGAUCCACUGAGAAAUCAACUAGACAUAGUUAAUCCAGAUGGGAUGAGAAAUGGCUCUGUUUUUGAAAAAACCUGUUUAAAAUUUAACUUGUUGACGGAAGCGAAUGCAGUCGUUGGUAACCUGCUGGACUAUCCACGAAUGUCCGAUCGAUUAGGAAUCUAUUUCGACCCACAACUAUUCAGCUAUUACCGGGCUUUAGUACGUGCCUUGCCACCUAUACGGAUCUUUCUUCAAAUUCAAGAUGACGAACCCGAUAGCGAAUCGGAAUGUGAAGAAUCGCCAACAGUAAAAAAAUGCACUAAAGUGUAUCCACCUGCCCGGAAAAGAGACAUCUUUCAAGUCCGCCAACAGCGCAAUAGCUUUUUCAGUAGUCGAUUGCCUGUCAAGACCAUGUGUUGCGUUAAUGGCAAGGCGCACAUAAUUUUAGAUGGCCAGCCCAUACGAUUGGAUCCUUUCAUCAAAGCAAUUGAAUAUCCGUUGCUAGUUCAUGCCAACCAACAGUGCCAUCAAGAACAAUCUCAGCAGGAAGAUGAGAUCUCUGUGGAGGUGGAAACUGAAGCUCGACGGAAGCGUGUUUUACUCAGCACGCUCAAUCGUCUUAAGAAAGACCAUUCCCGUGCUAAAGAAGUUGCCCAUAACAUUUUGAACGCUUCAUCCUCCAGGAACGAAGAUGAGACUGGUGACUUGGAAACUGCAGGGACAUCCAAGAAAGGAUCUCAGAAUAUGGUGAUUUGUGAAAUAUGUGGUAAACUCAUCUCAGCUUCAUGGAUUCGCGUUCACUUUGCUAACCAUCAGGGAGAGAAGAACUAUCUGUGCGAACAUUGUGGACGUUCCUUUGCAUCGGCUAACCUGCUGAAAUCGCACGUUCAUUACCAACACAACAAUCAAUUAGACCUGAUAAAAUGCAGUAUCUGUGGAAAAUCUUUCACCAAAAAAUCCAGACUUGAGAUUCAUAUGAGGAUCCACAGUGACACGAGGCCUUAUCGUUGUAUAGUGCCCGAAUGUGGGAAAAGAUUUCAUACAAAUGGCAAUCUGAGGAAGCAUUCUUUCGUGCAUACUGGAGAAAAACCACACAGAUGUGUCAUUUGUGAUAAAUCGUUCGCUCAGUCUACCAAUUUGCGAUUGCAUAUGCGCACCCAUCAGCAUUUGUUGGAUCAAGGACCAAAUUUUGGUGGUGCACAGCGCGUUCGUAAACCAGAAGCCAUUUUCGGUUGCGAAUUUUGCCCCAUGACGUUUCACCGCAUCCGACAUUUCAAUGCCCAUCGUGCGACGCAUACGGGCGAACAGACCACGCUGCCCUGUACUAUCUGCCAACAGCAAUUUCCUAACAUUAACGAAUUGAAGCAACAUAAAAGAACUGAACAUCCUGGAACGGUUCACCAGUGCUCGCUUUGUGACAAAUCUUUUUUCAAAAAGACAGCCAUGCAACGACACCAGGCUACGCAUACGGAAGAACCUGCUCCAAAGCCAAAUUUUCCUUGUCAACACUGUAAUUCACAGUUUACUACUUCCGCGGCAAGAACUGUACAUGAAAGGACACAUACGGGAGAGCGCCCAUUCAAAUGCCCAACAUGUGCCAAAAGCUUUACAUCUAAAUACAACUUCCGGCAACAUUUACGGAUGCAUUCGGAAGAAAGACCUUUUAAGUGCAGUCAAUGCAACAAAGCUUUCAGACAGCCACAACAUCUCAGGGCUCACACAUAUACUCACAAGAACACUGAGGAGCCUGUGCCUUGCCCAAUUUGUGGUAAAAUGUUCAGGAAUAAAAUUCUAGUAAUGUCUCACAAGCGGAUCCAUAAACAAGCCAAAGUUGACCAACCAACUACUAACCAGGAAAUUUUGCAACAAGAAGCUAGUCUUCAGUUUGUCGACAGCAAUAUGGAAUUUGUCAACAUUUUGGUUUUAGCUGAAGACGUUAAAGAGCUUACACAGAGUACGGUGGGCGGUCACGAUUUACUACAACACAGGCAGAAAAUUCAAGCCCUAUCCGAAGAGACAAAUCAAUAUCUUAAAAAAAAUGUUUAUCAAAAUUAUAUGCAAUUCAUUGAAACAGCUAAGGAGAUUUCAUAUUUGGAAAGUGAAAUGUACCAACUCUCUCAUUUGUUGACUGAGCAACGUUCCUUGAUAGUGACACUCUUGGAAAACUCUUUACUUGGUGACAAAGCUCCUGGACUUAGGGGUGUUGAGAAACCUGAAAUAAAAGCCAAGUUCAAUGCUGAAGUUGCAGUUAACUUGAAUGUAAACAAUCAGGAAGGUAGAAAGCGUCUAACUGCACUCUUAGAAAAAGUUGAAGGCUGUGCUAAUGUUGUGGAAUCUCUUACAAGGACUUUAAUUCAUGAAGGAGAUAUGGUGGAAUUGGAUCCGUCCGAUAAUUGCGCAGUCGGAAGAGUUCGUGGGUUUCUACUAAAUGAUAGUUUUAUGAUUGCUUCAUGGCUUCCUAACAAACGGGGCAAUAUGCGAUAUCAGUAUCAAGCACUGUAUGAACUGGAAGGCUUAGCAGUAAUCAAUAUUCGUGAUCUGGGCCCUGUCAAAUAUGCGUUUAAAUUAAUGAUGUUUCCAGAUACGCGAGUGCUUCAGUGCGCUAAUUCAAACGACAAGAAAGAGUGGCUUGAAGCUUUUGAGUUAGCCAAGCAGCUAAAGAAUAAGAAAGACGUUAGCCCAACGCCUUCGGAAGAAACAAAGGACAAUAGCUAUGACGACGCAUUCAAUCCUUUUGCAGAGGACGAGAAUUUGCCUUAUAUUCCUAACGGAAGUGGAAGCAGCCCAGAAGUUGCCGUUGAGUCUAUUCCCGAUUGGGUUAUAGAAGUGGCCGACGACAUGGACGUCUAUGUAGCACAGCGAGACUUUGAAGAAGCUGUUUCAUUGGCAGAGAAAACCCGAGCAUUUUGGGACGGUGCCUCUUCCAGUGUGGUCAACCUGCAUCGUGAUUUGAGAUUGAAAAUUGAUAGUCGGAUUCGCCAGUUGAGCGAAGUUUUAAUGAAUGAGUUGCGCGUUUCUCCAGACAAAUCCCUACAGGGAGGACCAAGAGCAGCUUCACGUGCCGUCCUUUUACUCUCUAGAUUAGGCCAGGCAUCACAAGCUUGCGAUCUUUUCCUCAAACAUCGCUCUGCUCUGCUAAAGCACAAUCUCCGUCAGCUAAAAACAGAGGGAGCCACAACCCUGUACAUCAAAAGAAUAACGAGUCUUUUCUUUCCUUUUGUUGCGGACACUGGUCGAGAAAUAUCUCGUGUGUUUCCUAAAAACAAAGUUUGCGCUUCCGCCUUUGUUGUUUGGUCGCGGAAUGAAGUCGGAAAAUUUGGAAAUAAUUUCAGAAAGCAUGUCUUCACAUCAGGCUCAACACUGACGACGGUCGCUGAAUGCGUCGCUCUAGUGAGGAACCAUUCUGAACAGCUCAUUGAAAUUGGAUUGGAUUUGACUUUCUAUUUGGAAAGUGAACUCCGUGGUCAAGUGGAGCGAUGUUUGCGCGAUGCCCGUGAGAAGCUUUUGGAAUCUAUUAAGCUUCGUGCUCUUGAAGAUAAAUGGCGACCGGUGAACCUCGUCAACAAGAGUGGAAUUGCAAGAUUUGCUGAUGAUUUGAGCGAAAUAGGAAUUGCAUCAAUUCAUUCUUUGGUUUAUGAUGAAUGCUGGGUGGCUCUAACAAGCAACACAAUUAAUUUUUCGAAGGCCUACUUGACUUUCCUGGAUGACGCGCUGAAGAUGCCCUCAGCAGAUAGCAACAUUUUUGUUGAUGAGAUCUUGCAUGAUAUUUUCCAAGCCCAACUGAAGCACGUGGAAAACUCUUUGCGCUCGGGCAAAUACAAGGGGGAGGCAAAAUUCAUCCAUAAAAAUGCCUCAUUUUUAAUACAUACUGUUCUGUCGCUAGCUCAGCAUAGGGUUGAAGAGGUUCGGCUUCAUCCGAGUCCUUCAUUCGCGAAAUUGCGGGCAGAUUUUGAAUGGUUAGCUAAUGAUGGCAAGAAAAUAAUUACUACCAUUAAAUCUCCUGCAUCUGAUCAGUCUUUUAUUUAACCAACUGUGAAUGUAAUAGAUUCGGAGAAAAUACAAAUACAUGGCAAUGAUGA